AUGGGAGCUGUUUUUAUCCUUGUGUUCCUUUUGAAUUGGUGGGGGGCCGGUGGAAUUUCGCAACUCUGGGGCCCCCGGGGAUCGCCGGGAACAAUAGAUAGCAAAGGCGAGGCAGAAGUCGUCAAGCUGUUGAGCGUGGAAGACCUCCAGGACAUCAUAGGCAGCACCGGCCCCAGCAGCUGCACCAGCAGUAGCGAUAAAAUCGAAGAUAAGGAGGCUGCCGUGUUGCUGUUCGCCUCCUGGGACCCAAGCAGCACACUUCUCCUUCAAACGUGGCUUCAGGCGGCCUCUUCCUUCCGUCAAAGUCAGCGGGGGUCUCUGUCUCUGUUCUCCCUUUCCGUGUCUUUAUUCGGGAGAAGGGGCAAGGCGCCACGGGAAGAGCUAUUUACAGCAGCAUUUGACUGCGCUCAGCAGCAGCAACCGCAGCAGGAAGAUUCUAGAGCCCUGUGCCGUGGCCUCGGUGUGACUGCUUUGCCCGCCCUUCUCUACUUUACUCCGCAGCCAAUAGGCGCAAAACACCAGCAACAGCACAAACACAAGCGCUUGGGUUUCUUCGACGAUGAAGAAGAUGUGCUACUGCAUCCCCGGGCGACGAGGUACAAAGGAGACCUCCUCAUGAGAGAAGCCAUCGUAGACUGGUUGAAGCUGCUGCGGUGCAUUUCGCUCAUGCAGAGGCUAACCAGCAGCAAGGAUAGCAGCAGCUGCUGCAUUAAGUCGCAUCAGCUACAGCAGAAGCUACAGGAGCAGCAGCAGGUCAUUAAGGAACAGCAGCAGCAGCUUCUGCAGCAGAGUAUGGAACUGGACCAGCUGCGCAAACAGUUGCGGCAGCCGUAG